GUUUACAGCUCUGUUGCGGUGUGGCUCAUCACCGGGCAUCUUGCGUGACGUUGGACUCUGCUAGCUGCCUAGUGAAGGGCAACAUCGGGGCAGAGCCAUGCUACCAUGUGAAGACUUGGACACUGGUCUGUACACUAAUAGUUUCUAUGUACUGUUGUUUGUGCAGGUGUAGUGGAUUUCCUCUCCACUGAAAUUUCAACUUCAAAGCAGAAGAAAUUUAGUUUGGUGACAUUUGUUGAUACACCUGGACUAGUGGAUGGAGAUAUGCAGUAUCCAUUUGAUGUUAAUGAAGCAAUCAUUUGGCUUGGAAAGAUGGCUGAUCUGAUAUUCACAUUUUUUGAUCCAAUUGGUCAAGCACUAUGUAAACGAACCUUGAAUCUAGUAGAGAGACUUAAUUCUGCUCAUGCUGAGAAAAUGCGCUUCUAUUUGUCUAAAGCAGAUGAUGUUAGUAAUGAGGCUGAUAGACAAAGGGUGAUGAUGCAGAUAGUACAGGAGCUCUGUAAAAGGCCUGGACUUAAUCGGACAGGUUUCGACAUGCCUACCAUAUGCAUCCCAGAUCUGAAUAAGCAAACACGGUGUGUGAACCAAAUAGAGGAAGUUUGUCAGGAUAUAGAGCGCACCAUCAACCACACAAUUCAGAACACACUGAACACUCUAGAGAGAGACUGCGAGACCGUAGCACAGUUACUAGAGAAGCGUCUGGAGCAGGACACUGAGGACCGCAACUAUAAUUUCAAGACUACAGGUAGAGCCAUGGUGUUUGGAGCCCUGGCUGUUAUCCUUCCACUGCUGCUUGUCCUAAAUGUGCUUGUUAGCAUCUCCAGCAAGAGCUUCCUACACGCGUUGCUUGGUGCAAGUUUCACAGACAGCCUUUUGGUGUAUCUGUCUCCAGUUCGUAUGCUGUGGUCAAUAGUUCCCGAUAGAUUUCAAUGGACAGUAUUACUAAUUAUUGUUAUUGGCUCGGGUGGUCUGUUUUUCCUCACAAAAUGGUCACUGGGAUUGCGGCUGACACUCUCUCGGAGACAGAAGCGGCAAUACUUGGAGAUGAAGGAACAUGUGGAAGAAGUAGUGAAUGCAAAGAAGCAGCAGCUGUAUCGUGAAUACUUGGGGCAGAGUGUGGGUGACCAUGACUUGUGAAGGAAAUUUACAACAUUUCACCUUUCAACACUUGUAAUUUGCAUCAUGACAUACUGUAUUUAUCCAAAUGUCACUUCCCAAAUUAGUUGUAUGCUCAAAUUUUUAUGGAAUUAUUAAUAAAUGAACAUUACUUUGUUAAACUUUUGCUAGAAACAAAAAUUUGCUAAAUUAUAUUUAUGUGGUAAGUCCCAUUUUAGAAGUUUAUAUAAGCAUGCACUGUUGCCAAUAGAACUCUGCCAGCAGACAACACAGCACAUGCCAGCAAUGUUGCCAUGUGUACUGCUGUGUCUUGAUAAUUCCCAUAUGUAGAAUUUUGUGCUACCCAAGUUGAAUCCUAAAUAUUACAUACAUCUGGUAUUUUACAUAAGAGUUUUAAAAAACCAUACGAAUGGUAUUUGGAUAAAUACAGUACUUUGGAAUGUAUGAAUGAAGUUUUUAACUGAAUAAUUUAUAAUUACCUGUUAGAUUUGAGGUUUUCACAGCAGUGAGUAUGAAGAUUUCUGUCUUCUGGGUUGUUGCGCUGUGUAGUCUGGUCGAUGUUAACCAACAUUUCAGAGAUCAUACUGCCUCCGUCAUCAGGGCGAUGAAUAUGCCAGGGAAGCCAUCAAAAUCGAAUUACAUCUUGAUAACUUCAACAGGGAAGAUGGACUUCACUUGAGCUGGUCCUGGAAGCCUCUUAUUCACACUUUUUGAGGGCUCCGAGAGCAAUCCAGAGUGCACCGCCGGAACCAACCAGACCACUAACCUGGCCCUUUCAGGGCCCCGAUCACAUUCAGCCGAACUCCUGAUGUCCCACCGGACGCACUUCCCGAGUCACCCCCCUCUCUCUUUCCUUUUUCUCCUUCUCUCACACUCACCCACGCGCUUCUAUUGGUCCACUCCAAUGCCUGCUCCCAUUGGCUCGGGGCAGGCUACUCCAUUUACAGUCCAGUUCAUAUAAACCUAGCCCCACACACCCUAUUGGCAUAUUCAUUGCCCUGAUGAUGGAGGCAGUAUGACCUCUGAAACGUUGGUUAACAUUGACCAGACUACACAGAACAACAACCCAGAAGAUAGAAAUAUUUAUAAUUCCCUGUUUGAGAGUUGUUCUGUUACUGAUUGCAUGACAGUAUAUAGAUUUUUACCUAAUUUAUUACUGUCUAGUUGUAUGAAACUAUUUUUCGUGUAAGAAAGACUGUUAAGUGUCAUGCAUUUCUUUCUCAGGGAAUCAAACUGAAAGCAAAAGACAGCAUUUUCAUCUUGAAUGUCUUAGUAACAAGCAGAGAUGAGUGUCAGUGUUAUUGCUGCUGAUCAGUAAAAUUGUCCGCAUACCAGCUGUAUAAUAAAAUUUUCCAAUUUCUUAAAAGCUUUUGUUUUUGGUUCAUAUAUUUCAUCAGCACUUUGAUUUAUUGUUUAUGAACUUUAUGCCAUUUCACACUACACAACCAAUGCAGUUAGCAACAUAUCAGUAAGAAAAUCAAGAUGGACUCACAUUUUGAUAUCUCACUUCUUUAAAUGAGGGUAAAGAUAAUUAUAAAC